UUUUGUGAUAUUUUGGAAAAAGAUGGAAACUGGAAAUAAGGACAAUAUGAUUUGUAAAUUAUUAAAUGUUGAAUCAGAUAAAAUAUGUAGAUCUUGUUUAACGAUUAGUGAUGAAAUGACAUCAAUAUAUAAUACUAUCAAUUGUGAAAACAAUACUGUUCAUUUUAAUGAACUCAUAUCUGUGAUAACUGGCGCGUUGGUGUCUGUUGAUGCAGACCUUCCCAGUCAAAUAUGCGUAGCUUGCUCAACAAAAUUUCUACAAUAUUUUCAAUUCAAAAUUCAAAUUUUAAAAUCAUAUUGCUUUUUACAAGAUUUGAAAAAAAUAAAGGAUCAAAAGAGAUGCACAAAUUAUCAUAAUAAAGUAGUUGAACCUGAAUGGUUGGAGCUAGAUGAGCAAGGAUUUCUUCCAGAUGACAGUGAACCUUUAGACAUAGUUAAUCAAGAUUAUGAUGUAAAUUAUACUGGAAGUCAAACACGAUCAACAAGAAAAAAACAAAAUGCUACCUUUAAAUUAAAAUCUGAUAUUUCACCUUCGGUUGAAUCAGAUUCUGAUGACUAUGAACAUAAUAUGAACAAUAUAGAAAUAAACAAAAGUCCGGAACCUCAUGUUACUCACCAAGAUAAUGUGAAGCCUAAAAAUCUUAUAAAUACAAAUAAGGACAAUCUUACAAUGAAAUCAACUAUGAAUGAAAAUAGGUUUAUAUCAAAGAUUAAUAAUGCAAGAGAAUCAUUAUUUUCAAAUCCCCUAGAGCCACAAAUUUGUAGUAUUUGUUCUGAAACUUGCUUAAAUAUAAAUGCUCUUAUAAAGCAUAGAGCUCAAAAUCAUGGGGCUAAAAAAUUUCAAUGCCAAAAUUGCGGAAACGGAUUUACAACUCUAAGAGGGUUGAGAAUUCACUUGCGACUGCACACAGGAGAAAAGCCAGAGAUAUGUUCUGUGUGCAACAAAGCGUUUUCUGAUCCAAGAACAUUGUGGAAUCAUGAACGAAUACAUUCUGGUCAACAUCCAUUUGAAUGUGAGCACUGUGAUAAACGAUUUCCUGCAAGAUUGGCACUACUUCAUCAUACUCGUUCGCAUACAGGAGAAAAACCCAAUAAAUACAUAAGAACACAUACUGGAGAAAAACCUUUUAUUUGUAAAAUUUGUAAUAGAGGUUUCACAAACACUACAUCAUUAUCAUUGCACCAGCUUACACAUAAUGGUGUUAAGAACUUUCAAUGUAGUAUUUGUGGUAAACGUAUGGGGCGAUCUGGAGAACUUACAAUACAUAUGCGUACUCAUACAGGUGAAAAACCUUUUGCCUGCAAACUCUGCGAGAAAAGAUUUACAAACAGUUCGGCACUGACGGCACAUAUGCCAAGGCAUACAGGCAUUAAAAAUUUUGUUUGCUCUUACUGUGGAAAACGAGUGGCACGUUCCGUCGAACUGCGAAUACACAUGCGCACUCAUACAGGUGAACGUAAUUUCAAAUGUGCAUACUGCGACAAACGAUUUGCAACUUCCAGCAAUCUUCGAUUACAUGAACGCAAGCAUACAGGUGAGAAGCCUUAUGCUUGCACAAUUUGUUCAAGAAGUUUUGCUGAUUCUCACGUGCUUCGCAAUCAUAUUAGAACCCAUACUGGAGAACGCCCACAUGAAUGUCAAAUUUGUCAUUCUCGAUUUGCUCAGCAGGCAUCAUUAAGGGCUCAUAUGAAAACACAUAGGAAUAAAGAUGAUCUCAAUAAUAGCGAUUCAGUCCCCACUGCAAUUAAUAAUGAAGAUAAUCAAAAUUUGCCUCAAAGUUCUGAAUUAAUAACACCUAGCGCUGUUGGCAGUAACUGUUCAUUAACUCAUGACCCAUUAGAUGAUCAAGCAGAUGGUAGUCUUCUCAUUGAUCAGACAGAAAGUAUUUUGAGUAAUAAUGAUAGUCAGGUCAUUUACAGCAAUACUGACGGAGAUCUCAUAUAUAACAAAAGAUAG